UAUCACCGCCUAAAAUCCUCAAAUCUCUCUUGCUCCUCCGGUCUCCUCAAAUCUCUCCGUCGCUCUCUCAAAUUGAAAAACAUCAGAUUUCGUUGAAGAUUCCCCUGCUGCAAUCCACUCGUAGAGGCGCUGCAGAUUUCUCUCUCACUUCGCAGCAACAGAAAUGGUUCGUGGAGGAUAUGCAAGGCGUAUAUUUUCAUCUUUCAUUGACACACACCUUGAGGAUGUCUUGGACCUACCCGAUGCUGAAUUGCCCUCUGAUGCUGUUGAGGAACAAGAUAUAGGUGGGGGUCAGCGACUACCACCUCCACCGCGUCCUCUAGAUGAAUGUGGCCGAAAGUAUAUACUCCUCAGGAAUGGAGAAUUGUAUCCUUCAAGAGCUGCCGCCAAUAUAUGCCGUGAUAUCUUCCACAAGAUAGUUCACCCUGAUGCAUUCACCCGAAAAAAACUUUCUAAAGCUCACAUUGACAUUUACUGGACAGAGUUCAAGAAACACGCAAACGCAGAGAGCUUUGAUGAAAACCUCUAUAGGAUUGCCUUUGGUGAUAAAUGUAAAGAGAGAUAUGGGGAUUAUAUAUAUAAUUUGAAACAGAAGAAGAAAAAACCAGCGUACUUUACCCAGGCUUUGUGGAAUGACUACUGCAAUGCGUGGAAGACACGUGCUCAUGUUGAGGCAUCCAAGCGAUCAUCUAAAAAUCGCAAGCAAGGCCGGGAGACUGCUAUGGGCACACAUAGCAAUGGCUGUGUUUCAUUUGCUGAGACAGUAGAAAAGAUGACUAGAGAGAAUAACGGGAGGCGCCCUACAUUUUGGGAACUCUUCAACAAGACUCAUAGGCUAACCCAAAAAGACUCACAUGGGAUGUGCUCACAGCGCGCCGCGGAAAUUGAAGAGCAAGUUUAUGCAAAGGCUGAUGCAUUACUGGCACAAGGGGUUGAAAAUAUUGAUUACGAUGCAAUCUUUGCCGAUCUUUUUGGGAAGGUGAAGAAGAGGAAACAGGUCCCUGGUGCUGGACAAGCAACGAGCAUAUAUUUCCCGUUUGCUACUAGCUCGUCCACCUCUGCAGCUGCGCGCUCAGCUGAGGUCGAGCAACGAGUCCAGGAGUUACGCGAACAAGUCAGGGUUGAGGUUACAAAUGAGGUUCAAGAGAGAAUGCAGCUUGUGAUGCAGGACGAAAUUGCCAAAGUGCGUGAGGAGUCGGACAAGAAAACAGCGUCGUUGCAAGACCAGCUGAAGAUCCUUAGUGAACAGUUCAAUCAAUUGACAAGAGGCUAGAGUCCAUUUGAAGUGAAACAAUUAUUUUGAACUCCUUAACUAUCUUUUCCCGAAGUGAACCAAUUUAGUUUGAAUAGCCUAAUCAGCUAACUUCCUUUGAAGUGUAAAACUAUGAUAUUUUGUUUUAUGCAAUUUUUUGGAUCUU